AUGGAGCUGCCUUUGGCAAGAGCAGCACUUCAACGUGGGGUGGAGGAGGGUCUGCACUAUGGUGCCCAGCUGGCCGUGAUCUUCCGUGGGGAGGCAACAUCCUUGUGUGUUGGCGAGGCUUCCGAAGGACGGCCUUUGGCGGAGGAGGCCGUGCUCUGCUGGAGCUCCUCGGUGAAGCCCCUGAUGGCCAUAGCCCUCGGCUUGCUCCAGGAGCGCGGGCGGCUCAGCUUCGAGGAUCCCGUGGCAAAGCACCUGCCGGCUUUCGGGAAGGAAGGGAAGGCUGACAUCACACUUCGCCACUGCUUGACCCACACUGCGGGGCUUUUCGCUUCGAUGAUGGAGGGCCAGCCACGACUUCGUGAGGACGCCUCCCCGGACGAGGUGCUUCGACACAUCUGCGACCAGCCCGCUGCCGAAGGCUGGCAGCUCGGCCGACGAUGCGCUUACGACAGCCCAGCAUGGUAUGUAAUGUCCGGUGUUGUUGCAGCUGCCGAUCCCGAGCAUCGUGCCUACGAGAAGUUCGUGGAGGACGAGAUUUUCUCCCCCCUCGGCAUGUCCCGCUGUUCAAUAGGCAUGCAGCCCGAGCGGAGAGCAAGUCUGGAGUCGUCAGAUUUGCUGGCGCCGAGCUAA